AUGGAAGUCAAAGCUAGACAGCGAGCUUUUAGUCGUGGCGAUAGUAUAAACUAUACACACUUAUGCCAUAAAGUCUCUAGUCUGAUAUCAAAAGCGAAAAUAGUCUACUGUGAAAGUAAAGCCAAAGACCACCGUAAAUCAAUUAACUCUAGUAAAUGGUUUAAAUCCAUCUCCUCACUAGUUGGCAUAGAUGGUACAUCCAACCUUCCGGCAAACGGGUGCCAAAACUACGAUCUUUCUGAACUGACCGAGAAACUACAGGCCGUUUUUACCGCCCCUUGGAAUGGAAUGAUGUUAGACAAUGCUGCUAGUUAUGACCUAAAUAAUGUGCAACCCACUAUCUUAAAGAAACUGAUCCCCCCAUACCAUCGAUAGGUCAGUUGAAAAUGCCCUUAAUGCAUUAAAGGUGAAGAAGGCGACUGGCAUUGAUGGAAUCCCAGCAUGGUUCCUGAAGCAGUAUAGCGAAGACUUAGCUCCCGUAGCACAUAACAUCACCACGAGUAGUAUAAUUCAAUGUAAAUACCCCACCUUGUACAAACAAGCUCUAAUAACCCCUGUGCCUAAAAUUACUCCACCAAAAAAUAUUGAAACUGAUUUUCGUCAAAUUUCUGUGCUUCCACAGUUAGCUAAAGUGCUGGAAAAGAUUUAA